AAUCAUAAGCUAGUACACAGCAGAAAAUACAUAGAACUGUGUUGCUUCUGUUUGGUGCACGAGCCCAGAUCAGAUGCCUCUGUAUCUGCACACAGAAACUUGCUGGAAUUACAAAGUGAGUUGUCUCCACAAAUCUGGAGGAGCUUUGUAGUGGAGCUGUGAUUUCUCACCUUGGUUGCAUCUCUCUAAGUAGUAUGUAACACAUUUGGGCCCAUCUCUGCCCCCUUUUUCUAUGGUGUAACGAAUCUAAUAUUGCAGGGAGCCCCAAAAUGGAGGUCUUCCAUCUUCCUUCAUAUAGAAGAAUACUCAAGAAGAAACCUUUGUCAGCACUACUGGGAGUGAUCAACUCCUGACUACUGAUUUCUGGCUAUACUUCUGCUAUACUGCUAGAAAUUACCAGUGUAACUACAACUCUGCAACUACAGACCAAAGUUAAACAUUGCUGAAACUGUGAGGCUUUCACUGAUGACAACACGAAAUUGCAGUGCCACACUCGAUGACCAGAAAAGAUGCAACCAUUGGAAGCCUUCUGGAAGAGGUUGGAGCCUUUCAGGAGACACUAACCAAGAGUGUCCAAAAGGGUAAUGCUGUGAAUGCAGGAAUGGAGACACAGUCUGCUGAUGUGACUUAGAGGCUUUGUGGAUGUGUAAAUGCCUAAAGUGUUGGAGCCAUUCCAGAUACUAGAGCAGCAGGGUGUUCUGCAGAGAAAAAGUUCUUUGAGUUCCAUCUUGUGCAGGACUGGUUUCCUCUCUGCUGUCACCAUGGCAAUGUCACUUAGAGCUGCAUGGCCCAGCCUCCUUUGGAUGCGUUCAGCUGCAACCUGUAAGCAGGUCCCACUGCAGAAUGGAGCUGUGUAUCAUGCUUGCCAUAAAUCUACAUACUCAGUUCUCCCUGAAGACUACAACUGCAAAGUGGAACUUGCAGUGACUUCCGAUUCGAAGACAAUUGUCUGCUACCACCCUUCGCUUGAGAUUCCAUACGAGCAUACAAAACCCAUACCACGGCCAGAUCCAGUGAAUAAUAAAGAAGAAAACCUUGAUCAAGUCUUAAAAUCCAGAUUGGAUGAAAAAGAGCUAAGGAACAGUAGAGGUCCUACAAUUGAAGAGCUCAGCAAAAUGUUUUAUACAACAAAACAUCGAUGGUAUCCUGUGGGACAGUAUCAUAGAAGACGCAAGAAUCCUAAUCCUCCUAAAGACCGAUAGCAAAGAGAACUUCUUGUUCAUCAGGACUUUGCUGUUAAUUUUGAUUGGAAAUAAAAGUUACAGAAGGUGA